AGGACAUAAGACUACGAGACACCUGUCAAGGAGGCUGUCCCGCUGUAGAAUCCACAUACUGCAUCUAUAUGUCAGGGCAGUAGAUGACUGAUGGACGUCUUAUUAGGCUGUCAUUAUUAUUGCCUCUUGCAGACGCAGUAGACAAUUGAGCCCCGAGUGCGUAUCCGCGGCGCGUCGCUCUUGUUGGAUAAAAGUUUGUGCCGGUGCCACCUGAAGACGACCACCCCGCUGCGCUCUGCCCCGCUUCUCCUCCUUUGUGUUUGUCCCCCAUCCGAAUGAGUUCACCGCUAUUUUUAGGUCAGCUCGUCGGGGGAGCCCUGGAAAUAAUGCACCCCACCAUAGAGAAAGACACAACUUACACCAAGAUCUUUGUCGGCGGCUUGCCUUACCACACCAACGACGCAUCACUUCGGAAAUAUUUCGAGACUUUCGGGGACAUCGACGAGGCCGUGGUGAUCACUGACAGGCAGACGGGCAAAUCCCGAGGAUACGGCUUUGUGACGAUGAUGGACAGGGGAGCCGCAGAGCGAGCGUGCAAAGACGCGAACCCCAUCAUCGACGGAAGGAAGGCCAAUGUAAACCUGGCGUACCUGGGAGCCAAGCCCCGCAGCCCUCAGACCAGUCUCUCUGUUGGAGUUCAGCAAGUCCAUCCAGCCUGGGUUCAGAGGCAAUAUGGACUUGCCCAGCAGUGUGUGUACCCCCAAGCCUUCCUCCAGCCCAGCCUGGUGCUCCAGUCCCAGCUCAGUCCAUCAGCUACAGCGCUCACCUCCCCCUACCUGGACUACAGCUCCGCCUACACCCACUAUGCCCCCACGGGCCUGGAGCAGUACCCCUACACCCCCUCACCGUCGCCCUCUGCUGGCUAUCUCAGUUACAGCUUCUCUCCUGCCACCCCGGGAGCCGCUAUUACCGCACCUCCCACCCCUCCUACUCCCAUCCAUGCUCCCCUCGCCCCGCUCACUGCCAUCUCCACCCCGCCUUCGGCCUUCCUGCAUUACCCUCUCCACCAGCCGGACCGCAUGCAGUAAAGCUCUGAGGAGGCCAGACAGCAGCCGGACGGGGGCCCGAACUGUCAUUACCAAUGACUCAAAACAGUGUGACUGCUGCGAUGAGGCCUGGGACAUCAGGAUGAGACUGGGUAACCAGGGAGAGAGAGUGUCGUAAUCCAAAGGGCUUUUAGGAAGCACUCUCAUUCCCAUUUUUUAUAUUCUUGUUGUUAAAGUAAAGGAGAAAUGUUAAACUGCU